GACAUCACAUUUUUUAAAAUGUCAACACAUACAUGACCUCGCUAUCCCAAUUUUUUGUCUGCAAUGGGACUUAAAAAUGAGGUUAUGAUAUUAUUUAACUAGAAUUAUUUAGUUAUGUGUGCAAUCAGAUUUUGCGCUAUCACGGUAAAACGCAUAAAUAAAUUCUCUCGUUGUUUAUCCUCGGCCCCCAACGUCAUGCUACAAAACGGUUUUCGUGCAGCCCUAGUCCAAUGUUUGGUGGGAAAAGACCGAUUGAAGAAUCUCGAAAACGCUUCAAACCUGAUCCACAAAGCAAAAUCAAACGGGGCUCAGCUAGUUGCUCUACCCGAGUGUUUCAAUUCUCCGUAUGGGACAAAAUUCUUCGACGAGUAUGCCGAAAGCAUCCCCGAUGGACCUACAAGCAAAAUGCUUUCCGAGGCGGCCAAAAAACACUCCAUUUAUAUCAUAGGAGGGACUUUUCCCGAGAGAGAAGAUAAUAAGCUUUACAACACAUGUACUGUUUGGAACCCCAAUGGUGACAUGAUUGCAAAAUUCCGAAAAAUGCACCUUUUUGAUAUUGACAUUCCUGGGGGGAUCACGUUUAAAGAGUCUGAUAUUUUGUGUAGUGGCCGAGAUUUGGUCACUUUUGAGAUGUAUGGAGUCACUGUAGGUUUAGGAAUUUGUUACGAUUUGAGGUUUGAGGAGCUUGCGAAGCUUUAUCGCAUUAAAGGUUGUAAAUUACUCGUAUAUCCAGGAGCUUUUAAUAUGACUACUGGUCCUCUACAUUGGGAACUACUUCAAAGGUCAAGGGCUUUAGAUAACCAACUUUAUGUCUUUGCAAUAAGCCCCGCAAGAGGCGAACAUGGGUACAUCGCCUGGGGACACUCCCAAGUAACAGAUCCGUGGGGGAAAGUGGUUGCACAAGCCAAACAUGGGGAAGAAAUAAUAUACAGUGAUUUGGAUUUCACCGAAUGUGAUAAAGUUAGGGCCCAAAUACCGAUUUUUACUCAAAGACGUACAGAUAUUUACGAUACAAUUUGUAAAAUUUAAUUAUAAAUAAAAGAGAACAUAACCACAAAGUGGGAUCAAAGGUCGCCAUAUCUAACCUAAGAAGAAUGAAGUGAUAAUUUUUUCUGUGAUUAAAAUAACUUUUACCCAAAAUAAUUUAGCAAAAUGCCGCUCUCAC